AUGGUAGAAAAUUCAUCUAUAGAGACAUGGAACCAUAGCUAUGUGACAGAGUUCAUUAUCUUGGGUUUUCCUGCUUCCCGACAGACACAGCUCCUACUCUUUGUUCUUUUCCUAACCAUUUACCUCCUCACCAUAACAGGUAACAUUUUGAUCAUUACAACACUUAGGAUGGAAAGCCACCUAUACACCCCUAUGUACUUCUUUCUAGGGAAUUUGUCCUUUCUGGAUAUGGGUUAUACCUCCGUGACAGUCCCCAAAUUACUUUCCAUCCUUCUUACAGAAAUGCGAACUAUCUCUUUUGCUGGCUGUGUCCUGCAGUCUUACUUUUUCUUCUUCCUUGGGACAACUGAGUGUUUUCUUCUUGCAGUGAUGGCUUAUGACAGAUAUGUGGCCAUAUGUUACCCACUCAGGUACUCAACUAUUAUGAGCAAACGAACAAGCAUACAGCUGGUCAAAGGAUCCUGGAUUGGGGGCUGUUUGUCUCCACUGAUGCCUGCCAUCCUAUUGGCUGGUUUACCUUUCUGUGGCCCCAAUAUAGUCAAUCAUUUCUUUUGUGAUAUCCCACCACUGCUGAAGUUGGCAUGUAUGGACACCUAUGUAAUGCAGAAGCUCAUAUUCAUGCUUUCUGCCAUGGUGAUUCUGGGGACCUUCAUCUCUACAGUUGUCUCUUACAUCUAUAUUGUCAUCACAAUAAUAAAAAUCCCUUCCGCUGAAGGGAGACAUAAAGCCUUCUCCACCUGUGCCUCACACCUGACUGUGGUCUCACUAUACUAUGGGACAGUGAUUUUCAUGUAUGUGAGCCCAAAGGCACGAUCCUCCUUGAACAUGAACAAAAUUGUAUCAGUUGUGUACAGUGUGGUAACCCCAAUGCUAAACCCAAUGAUCUAUACUCUAAGGAACCAGGACAUGAAAAAGGCCUUGAGGAAAAUAUUCCUAAAAGUCCAGUUCCACAGGAAAGAAUAUGACUAG